AUUUUGAAAGGAUUAACAGCAUCCUAUCGCUCUUCAAACUGCAUUCCAUGAUCUAUUGUCUAUGCUCGCCCAACCCUGAGCGCUGUUUUCCCUCACGUCAUAAAUGUUAAAGCACGAGCAACAAAUGAGAACAAAAUGUGACUAGAUAAACAAUAUUAACAUCAUGGACACCAGAAGCAAGUAGAACACUGCAGCCAAACGGGUUGUGCUCAAUCUCACGUACUCUGUCAAGCUAUUACCAGUCAGCAAAACCCGAUAGACAACAACAGCUUGGCCGUAAGCGUCGCAGGUAUGCUAUAAAUGCCUACGUCACGUCCAGUCCAGGGCGCCGCCAUCUUUGUACUCUGAAACAGCCGGAAGUGACCCUAAUCGUCAGUGGGGGAUCCGGCUUGUUGGUGAGGGGUAAAUCCGUAUUUUUGUUUUAUAUUAACUAUAGUUUCAUCAUUAGUGUAUUAGUCGUGCAUUUGUAUGGGGAGUGCGGAAUCCCGACUUGGUGAUGUUGAUUGUUGGACUCAAAAGGGCAGUCCUUUGCUUUUGGCUCCAAAAUAUGGUGAUUGCAAGAUAAAGGGUUCAUAGUGCCACAGCCGUGGUUGUCUGGGGGUCCAGAGACAAAGUAUGGCGGCUGCCUCCCCUGCUGGUGUGCUUUUGGCCCAUUGACAUCAGAAGAUCAAGUUCAAGGAAUAGAAAAGAACAGGUUGCACAAUACUGGGACAGUUUGGAUAAGCAGACUUGAAAAAGGAACUCACUGCAGUCAUGGGGUCUGAAAGUCCUAGCUCACCUCAGAAUCCAGGAUGUAAGAUCAUGACAUUCCGUCCCACAAUGGAAGAAUUCAGAGAGUUUAAUAAGUAUGUAGCUUUCAUAGAAUCACAAGGAGCACACAGAGCUGGACUUGCCAAGGUUAUCCCUCCAAAAGAGUGGAAACCAAGGCAGUCGUAUGAUGACAUUGAUGACAUGGUGAUUCCAGCACCUAUACAGCAGGUGGUGACAGGGCAGUCGGGACUGUUCACACAGUACAACAUACAGAAGAAACCAAUGACUGUGGGAGACUAUCGUCAUCUAGCAAACAGUGAAAAGUAUUGCACACCUCGACAUCAGAAUUUUGAGGAUUUGGAACGCAAGUACUGGAAGAACUUGACAUUUGUGUCUCCAAUAUAUGGAGCAGACAUCAGCGGUACACUCUAUGAAAAUGUAUACCAUACCUCCAGAACAUGGGAAAAGACUGGAACGCCUGGCAAAGGGUUUUUUUCCAGGCACCUCUCAGGGAUGUGAUGCCUUUCUACGACACAAGAUGACACUUAUUUCACCAUCUAUCUUGAAGAAGUAUGGAAUCCCUUUUGAUCGGAUUACUCAAGAAGCCGGAGAGUUUAUGAUCACAUUUCCUUAUGGCUACCAUGCGGGUUUUAAUCAUGGCUUCAACUGUGCUGAGUCUACCAAUUUUGCAACCCUCCGAUGGAUAGAUUAUGGCAAAAUGGCAACUCAUUGUACUUGUCGUAAGGAUACAGUAAAAAUUUCCAUGGAUGUCUUUGUGAGGUUUCUGCAACCUGAUCGCUAUGAGCAGUGGAAGGAGGGUAAGGACAGUACAGUGAUUGACCAUUUGAAACCCACUGCACUGACCAGCGAGGAACUUGAGACUUGGAACAAGAGGAAGGUACUGCUGCAAGCCAAAUUAAUUAGAAGGUCACACAGGAAGAGAACCCCAGCAAGAAGAAUUAAAACUCAUGAUCCAAAAUCUAUUGUUGGAGAUGGUAUUGUGGAUCCAAAUUUGGAAGAGGCAAAGCUGACAGACGAGCUAACAGAAGCAGACGACAAGAGCAAAGCUGUUGGCAAGGUAAAACGAUCUAGACCGAAGGGUGAAAGGAAGAAGAAGCGUGUGCCAGCCCCUCCAAAUUCUGUGGAUGAAGCUAUUGAGGCAGCCCUCAGUUUGAUUUCAUCAGAUGUGGAGGUUGAUUCAGUGGAUGAAGCUAUUAAUGCAGCUCUUAGUAUGGUUGCCUCAGAUGCAGAAGCUGAUGAAGAGGAUGACGAAUUUAAACCUCGACCUAUCAUCCCUAUGAUGUAUGUUGUUCCCAGGACCAAGAAAGCUAUGCUUGAUAAAGAGCAUACUUCAAAUCAGCAAGUUUCUGAGCAGUUUGAUAAAUCGGGUGAACAGAUGUGGCAAGAAAGCAAAACUGCUGCAGACAAGAAGGGUGUCAAGAAUAAGAAAUCUUUGGAGGCUAUUAUGGGAACCAAAGAAAUCCAGGCUCCAUCCACAUUCUCUAAGAUGAAAAUUAAGAAAAGUCGCCGCCAUCCGCUGAGCAAACCUCCAACACGGUCCCCAUUGUCUGUGGUCAAACAAGAUAUGUCUAGUGAUGAGGACAUGCUUCCACUGUUCGGUGAAGAUGACACGAAUGAACCUGAGGCUGUGAAAUCCUUACUUACUCAUCUGUGGCAGAAAAAAGCACAUAACUUCAUAGCUGAGCGGAAAUUUAAUGCAGCAGCUGCACUGACAGAACCAUACUGUGCAAUCUGUACCUUGUUCUUCCCUUACUACCAGCCUAAUAAAGUUCCUCAGGGGUCUGCAGUAGAGGGCACCAGUUCGGUUACACACUCCAAAUCUGGACGAAAGACUAAACCUUUGAUUCCAGAGAUGUGUUUUACCUCCAUUGGAGGGAACACAGAACCAAUACCAUCCAACUCUUACAUAGAUGAAGAUGGAACAUGCUGCCUCAUUUCCUGUGCCAAAUGCUGCCUACAGGUUCAUGCCAGUUGCUAUGGAGUUCGACCUGAUCUAGUAACGGAUAAUUGGACAUGCUCACGGUGUACAGAGGAAGCUUGGACUGUGGAUUGCUGUUUAUGUAACUUGAGAGGUGGAGCACUUCAGAUGACAACUGACAAGAGAUGGGUUCAUGUAAUCUGUGCCAUAGCAGUACCAGAAGUUCGAUUUGUGAAUGUGCUUGAACGGAAUCCUGUUGACAUCAGUGGUAUUCCAGAGCAAAGAUGGAAAUUGAAAUGUGUAUUUUGCCGAAAGCAGCUGAAAAAAGCAUAUGGUGCUUGUGUCCAAUGUUCUUAUGAGCAUUGUUCUACUUCAUUCCAUGUCACGUGUGCACAUGCUGCAGGAGUCAAAAUGGAACCGGAUGACUGGCCAUAUGUUGUUUCAAUUACCUGCUUCAAACACAAGACAGCCAAACAGCAUAAUUCGGGUCCGAAGGAGGUUUCAGUAGGACAGAUGGUGAUUACUAAGAAUAGGAAUGGCCUCUAUUAUAGGUGCAGAGUGAUUGGCAUGGCCACACAGACAUUCUAUGAGGUGAACUUUGAAGAUGGCUCCUAUAGUGACAACCUUUAUCCAGAAAAUAUUAUUUCCAGAGACUGUCUCAAACUUGGCCCUCCUUCAGAGGGAGAAUUGGUACAAUUACGAUGGACGGAUGGAAAUGUGCACAGUGCCAAGUUUGUAGCUGCUCACCUUAGUCAAAUUUAUCAGGUGGAAUUUGAGGAUGGCUCACAGCUGACUGUCAAACGCAGUGAUAUUUUCACUUUGGAGGAAGAGUUACCGAAGAGAGUGAAAUCACGUCUGUCUCUAACUACUGGAGCUCUUCAAGAUAACAUAAUCUCAGGUGAUGAGGUGAAGGCAGCAAAGCGGGCCCGGCUUACAGACUUGCAGAAGGUAUCUGAAGACAACACAGAGUGUGGCGACCCAGCUCGUUUGGGUGACACAACUCAGCCACCAGAGGACGUGCAACAAGAAGCUCAGCACAACACAGUUUAAACCUGGGGACAUUAAGAAUGACCAUUUUCAUUCCAGCAGUAGGACAAAUCCCGGUUCAACAGAAUCAUGCCUCCUGAUGAAAAACUGGCAAUUUACUUGUGGUUUGAGGCUGUUGCACGUUGUCAGUGAACUGUGUAGUAUGGACUUGGCUGCACAGUCUUACAGUCUUACAAUGGUGCUGAUCAUAUGAAUUCAAAGCCAUCUCAAACGGGAUUAACAUAUGUCCAAUUUUGGCAGCAAGUCAACCACAAAGCAUUACACAAACCCUUUUUAUACAAAAAAUUUAUUUAAAAACUGUUUUUGAAAAUAAACAUGUGAGCCGAUCUUCUUUGAAGGUGCUAUACAAAUGACUACUGAAGUGACUUGUGGAGUCAUGUCCUCUGUAUAUACUGAAAUAUUUUGGGAAGGUCUUUCUAAAAUCAUUCAAAACCGUGAAGCCACAUUUAAGUGCUUUACUGCGUAAUACAAGUUUCAGGUUGCUACUGCCGAGCAGUGAGGUAGCACUGAUAGGAGAGAGAGGGGAGGUCAGGUAACCUUCUGUAUUUAUUUAUUUCCAGGAUUAAGAAUAUUACAAUUUUAUCUACAUUUUUGGUAGUUUUGGUAGAUGUUUUUGUUGGCAGUGACCCAGCCUGCUUCCCUUCCAAAAAUGUUUGCUGAGAACUUGGGUAAGAAUUCUUGGUGGAUGUGUUAUAGCUGUCUUAUGAGGAUGGUACAGACCAACACUUAACUGUGAAAUCAGCUUUUUAGAAAGAACAGGGUUCCUGUCUAUUGCUGAGGUGGUUUAAUGACACAUGAAGCUUAGUCAUGUAUGUCAGAAGUGCUGUUUCAACAACAGAAGGUCUCAUUGUGCCAUCACAGACUGAGGAGAACAAUGUAGAAUUGAGAUUAUUCAGCCCUACUAGUAACCUUAGGGUAGACCUGAGAAAGUGGGUCCCCUUUACCCUUCCUCACUAGAUUGUUUGAGGAAAGGGCAAUAUUUCUUUGAAAGUCCAGUAUGCAGUAUUUGGGAAUGCUGGAACAUUGGGAAGGCUGCCCUUUUAAACUCCUCCUCAUGCCUUUUAUUCAGAAAAAUUUGCCUUGUCCAUAAGGAAAGGAAGGAACAGUAAUAAUAUGUAGCUGGACACAGGGAAAGCAGACACCUUUUUUGGGAGAGGUGAGUCGAGAUAUGCAAAAAAGUAAAAAAGAAAAAAAAAAGUUUUACAAAUAGUUUUACUAGUGCAGCUAUGCUAAGUGUUAUUUUUUGUUUUGUAGUUUAAAAAACUGUUGUGUGACAAACACCUGGCAGACGAUUUACAAUGAUCUAUGUUUAUAAUCUGUGUGUAUUCUAUCUGUUCUUUUGAAGGUGCUUGAAUAAUAUAUUUAUAAUGACUUGCGAGGAAGGAGCAGCAUGCAUAAAAGAAUACAUGAGCAGACAGGUGGUAGCAGCUGAGAGCAUCAGAAGACCCUAUAAACUUGCCAGUUUGUCACUGUACUAUCAGCAGAGUCCUCAUUCCUCACUUCAUCUUUUAGGACAACAACAGACUGAGGUUGAACUCCUCCUCACUAAGUUUAGUUAUGCUGUAGCACUUAAGUCUGCCACUAAAAAAGACAGAGCAUGGAAGCCAGCUGCCAAGCCAGGGGCCAAGAAGUUGUAUCUAAGAUUGGGAUAAACACUUGUUUUUGAAGGCAAGCUACCUUUCCUUGUGUUGCAGACCAAUGCAACUAAGAGAAAUUGAAGUCUUCCUGAAAAUGGUCAAACCUUUUCUAUCUUUGCUGAAAAACAUAAUUAGAAAGUUAAAUGGUUAUUUUUUUUACUAUUCUUAGCUGAAAAAUGAUAAUUAGAAAACUGGUCGUUACUACGGCAUAAGUCUCUGUUUAAUGGUUAAUCUAUCAGGAAAUAAUAGUGUGUCCCAUCUUUGUACAUUCAUGUGACCAUCUGUAGCAGAGUGUUGUGUACUGCUGCUGCACUUUAGUGAGAUCUGGACUUUGCUCCUAACAGAGAAGAUUGGUUCACAGCAAAAUUCAUAAAUGUAGCAAGAAGCCCUUUUGUAUACAUUGGCACUUAAUUGGCUGUUUUGCUUUUGCUAAAGUUAUCUUCUUUGCUAAAUGUGCUUUUUUAUCAGAGCAGUAGACACCAUUUAUUGCUUUGUUAAAUAAUUUUUAAUUGAAUAAUUUAUCUUCUUGAAGAAAUAGCAGGAAUGAGUGGCCCUGGCAAGCAAGUGCAGAAAGCAAGUAUAAAAAAAAAAUCUGUACUCCUGGGUUGUGUUUGACGAAACAGAUGUGUGCACUUACUGCUUCAUGGAGCAGCUUGGGGUUAAUGAUGGUUGGUAAUACUUAUGUCAUUGCUUAUUUUUUGUAUUAAUUUUUGAAAGGUGAGCUAAACAGUCCUUAACCAGUUUGACUGGAUUUAGAUGUGCAUUGGAAUUUAUUCAACGGCAGCUCUGAUUUGGGUCCUACAAAAGAUUUUUGUCAGUGAGCAGUGGAAAGAUAUUUCCAGAUUUCUUUAUAUAAAUUAAUAACAUAAGAUGAUGUAACAGUAUCCAUGCUUUCAAUGAAUUGUACCAGAAACUAGUAUUUUUAAAUGUAACAUCCAGCAAUUGCCUGCAUGUUGUAAUCCAUACUGAAGUAGCCUCCAUUCUGAGAAUGUUAGUAUCUGUGUAGCUGUAGUUACAUUCACAUUUUUAUUCCUAUUUAUAUUGUGUAAACAUAAUUGUAUUCACACAGAUUGUAUUAACCCUUUUGAAGAUUAAGCAAUGAUUAGCCUAGGUCCCAGAGACAGAAAAAAAUUGUUUUAUUUGUAUUUUUCAGUUUCUAAAUUUCAUAUAAAUUUGAGGAAGUACCCUCUCUCUGUACUGUUGGCACCGCUGAUUGGAAAAAGGAAUAUGCUGUACAGUUUCUUUUCAUAAACCCAAAUUUUUGUGUGUGGUGUGUUAGAACUUUGAUUUUUUUCCCUGUUAGAUUAACAGUGUGAUGUACCUUGCAUACUUGUUUUGCCUAUGGGUUGAUACAAAUUAAAAAUGUGGGCACUGCUGAAUUAC